AUGAGAACUGGUGCUAGUGGGGCAAAAUGCAGGGAGAUUGACUGCACUUAUCCGGAGCUGCUGCUGUCUAGCUCUGGACUUCAGGGCAGCCCCAGCAAGCUCUCCGGGGGUGGUGGAAAGAGCACUAUUCCCAGAGAGGACAGUCUUGAAAAUCAUGCAAGGUCUCGCCUUAUUCCACACAAGAGCACUGUGCCCUUGUAUCCUCUGCACUUGCAAGUGAGGAUUCAAAUUCUGAGGCAGUGUUGGCAGCCCAGUCAUCUGGCAUCACCCCUGCAGUCCAGUGGAUCCCUAUUCCCAAGGAGGACCUUCUUCAAAUUCAAGCUAGGUCUCCCCUUAUUCCACACAAGAACACUGUGCCCUUGUAUCCUCUUCACUGCAAUCAUCUGGCAUCUCCCCUGCAGUCCAGUGGAUCACUAUUCCCAGUCAUCUGGCAUCACCCCUGCAGUCCAGUGGAGCACUAUUCCCAGAGAGGACAGUUUUCAAAUUCAAGCUAGGUCUCUCCUUAUUCCACACAAGAGCGCUGUGCCCUUGUAUCCUCUGCACUUGCAAGUGAGGAUUCUAAUUGUGAGGCAGUGUUGGCAGCCAGUCAUCUGGAAUCACCCCUGCGGUCCAGUGGAUCACUAUUCCAAGUCAUCUGGCAUCACCCCUGCAGUCCAGUGGCUCACUUUUCCCAGAGAGGACAGUCUUCAAAUUCAAGCUAGGUCUCCCCUUAUUCCACACAAGAGCGCUGUGCCCUUGUAUCCUCUGCACUUUCAAGUGAGGAUUCAAAUUCAGAGGCAGUGUUGGUAGCCCAGAGAGGACAGUCUUCAAAUUCAAGCUAGGUCUCCCCUUAUUCCACAAGAGAGCGCUGUGCCCUUGCAUCCUCUGCACUUGCAAGUGAGGAUUCAAAUUCUGAGGCAUUGUUGGCAGCCCAAGUAAGUCAUGGUGCAGGUGAAAUUACAUUAUUGACAGUUGUGACCUGCCUGUGUCUGGGUCAAUGAUGACAACAUUAAGUCAAUUACAGAAUGAUGACAUAAAAAUCAUGCUCAAUAGGAUUACGCUGAGGCCCAAGCAGGGAGCCAGGGUUACAAGCACUACUUAGUCUCUUUGAGGACCACUUGCGGGCCUCAUCUGAGCUGCUCUGAUGACCUUGUGCUCUUUUCCCUCUGUGGGAACCUGGACAAUCUUAGUGCAACUGUGCUGGCAAACACUGCCUGCCAACUAGCACCUAAUCUCAUAAUCUGCUUGUGUGCAAGUCUGCAACA